AUGAUAUUCUUAAAUUUAGUAGACAUCGACCAGAGCCUAGUUACACAAACCUUAAACAGUUUGGUACAAAAAGACACGCGACUCGAUGCGGACACUACUAUCAAUUACCAGAACAUGGCCUCGCACAAAGAUUUCACCCAUGACAAUGCUGCAAAACCACUCUUCACAUCAGUGGUUCAGAGUGCAAUAAGUGGUUCUACGUACAAGGCAUUGGAAAAUCUUAUUGCGUUCUACAAUCAGCCUGAUGUGGACAAGUCAGAAACAAUGACGCCAGCUUGGGAAACAUCUAUCUCUGCAUUUCUUGACGUUAUCAUCCAAACUACAGUCAUGCAAAGUGAGUUCAAAGGCUCAUCGAUGACAAUUGAUAAAGUGUCACGGAAGCCAAAAAUUAUGACUCCAAAUCAUGGACUUUCUUCGCCAAAUGUGACACUGUUCAAAAAUCAACUACAAACACUGUGGUUUACACUCUAUGCCAGAGAUACGGUAGCCGGCAGUUCGGGCUUUGAGGCUCUUUUCGUGGGUGAAACAAAAGCAAACAAUGUGAUACGCUUUGGCAACUGGCUGCAAUUCUAUAAUCAAGAGAAAGCGGGCAACAUCAACUAUCACGGGUUCUUCCAAAAAGAAAAUGUAUGCGAUUUAUUUAUUCCACGUAUUUUGAGAUGAAA